AAAGCGAGAUGUGCACCGAGAUUCACUCCAUCUAAAGAGCUUGUGUUUACUAAAGUUAACAUUAUAAGGAAUAUCAACAUGUUGAUCAGAUGCGAAUGCAGAAUCUCCACUGAAGCUGAACACCUGAGUGUGUGUAUGUGUGUGUGCUAAUAGACCGCAGCCGCGUAAGAUGACGUCGGCCACACCCACUUCUCAUGGCCCCGCCCCUCAGAAGGUCUGCCACUCCCAGACUCAGACAGACGUUCUGAAGCCUCUGCUCGGAGGGGCGGGGCCAGGGAGUCAGGUGACACGCAGGAGGCGGGUCUUAUCCAAGGAUGGGCGGAGCAACGUGCGCAUCGAGCAUGUGAGUGGGCGUGGCGCUCUGUACCUGCGUGACCCCUGGACGACCUUUGUGGACAUGCAGUGGAGGUACAAACUGGUUCUGUUUACCGCCACGUUUGUGGGCACGUGGUUCGCCUUCGGACUGCUGUGGUACUUGCUGGCUUUGGUGCACGGAGACCUGCUGGAGUUCGAUCCUCCAGCGAACCACAGUGUGUGUGUGAUGCAGAUGCAAACGCUGACGGGGGCUUUCCUCUUCUCCCUGGAGACGCAGACCACCAUCGGCUACGGGUACCGGUGCAUUACUGAAGACUGUCCGUCUGCAAUCGUCCUGCUCAUCCUCCAGCUGCUCAUCACCACCGCGAUGGAGAUCUUCAUCACCGGAACGUUCCUCGCCAAGGUGGCUCGGCCGAAGAAACGUGGUGGGACGAUUCGGUUCAGUCAACACGCGGUAAUAGCCAAUCACGACGGCCGACCGUGUCUCAUGAUACGAGUUGCCAACAUGCGCAAAAGUCUGUUGCUGGGCUGCCAGGUGACAGGGAAGCUUUUACAGCCGUGCGUGCCGAAGGAGGGAGAGACGGUGCGUUUGAACCAGAAGAACGUGAGCUUCAGCGUAGACACGGAGAGCGAGAGCCCGUUCCUCAUCCUCCCUCUCACCUUCUACCACACCAUCGAUGACGAGAGCCCGCUGCAAGCCUGGGCCGACACGGGUGGAGGAUGGACAGAACCCGAUCCGGUGGAUUUUGAGCUGCUGGUUAUAAUGAUCUCCACAGUAGAACCAACAUCGGCCACCUGUCAGGUGCGGACCUCGUACCUGCCCGAGGAGAUCCUGUGGGGGUACGAGUUCCCGCCCAUCGUGUCGCUCUCGUCGAUGGGAAAAUACGUGGCGGAUCUCGCAUACUUCGACAAAGUGGUGAAAACUAAGACCCCGCCCCUUUUUAAGCAGACUCCGCCCCCUUUCAAACAGACCCCGCCCAGUGGCACCCGUGAAACGGACCCGGAGAAAAUGCGGCUCGAGCAAAGCUACCGAGAGGGGACCGAUGAGAAACAGAGCGUUCGCAUUAGUAACGUAUGAAAUACAUCUAUCUCCGAUAAAUAUAGAAUUAUUUGAUAUGUUGAUAAUCUUCAGCGGCGCGUUUGAACCAGAAUUUUUGCAUUGCGUAGCAUAACACCAAUGUCCUUAAAAUCAAUUAAUUGAUGUUAUUGGUAACACUUUACAAUAAGGUUCAUUAGUUAACAUUAGUUAAUGUAUUAACUGACAUGAUGAUACAUUAUUAGCAAUACAUUUGUUACAGUAUUUAUUAAUCUUUGGUGAUAAAAAUACAGCUGUUCAUUGUUUGUUCAUGUUAGUUCACAAUGCAUUAAUUAAUGUUAAUAAAUAGAACCUUUGAUUUUAAUUGCGUAAAUUAAUUUUAAAUAAGAUUAAUAAUAAAGUAUUGUUCACUCUUAGUUCCCUUAUCGUAAAAGUGUUACCAAGUUAUUAAUAUUGUAUGAACAGCACCAACCCAAUAAGAAGCACAAUUAUUAACGCAGCAUAUCUGAAUAGGAAAAUGGAUAACUUUGUGCAUUGCUAGUUGAAAUAUAGCGUAAUGUGCUUUUAAAUUUGACAGAACGUCACAUCACAAAGGCCAUUAAAAAUAAACUAGUGAUUAAAGAGGUGAAAUGUUUAUAAAAAUGUUACAGGAUAAUCACUGACGCAUUAUUAUGGAAGCUUGUUUCCGCCACUGAAUAAAAAAGGUAAUUGCGACUUUGUUUAUAUCUUUGUUUAUAUUUGCGAAUUGUUUAUAUCCCGCAAUUCUGACUUUAUAACACAAUUGCAAAUUUAUCACACAAUUGCGACUUUAAAUCACGCAGUUC